AUGUGGGGCGACGAGUUCCUGCGGUACCUCGUGCUUGGGGUGUUUCGCAUCCUCCUCCACGUGUUCUUCAACGACGUCGAGGUCGUUGGCCGCCUCAACGUUCCCAAAAAGGGACCCGUCAUCUUCGUCGGCAACCACCGCAACCAGUUCGUGGAUGCCAUGAUCAUGACGGGCCGCACGCCUUCGUUUAUCAUCGCCGAGGUGUCGCUGAAGCGGAAGGUGAUCGCCUUCUUCGCCAAGAUCCUACGCUGCGUGCCGAUUCAUCGGCCGCGCGACGUCGCCAUGGCCGGUGAGGGCACAAUCCAGAGCGAAGGGGCUCAGGUGCACGGCGCGGGCACCAACUUCAAGUCUAGCGUGACGAUCGGAGACGAGCUCAUCGUGCACCAACGACCCGAUUGGAGAGGGCGAGUGACUGCGAUAGAGUCUGACACGGAGCUCACGGUGAGCGAGCCCAUCACGCCCCCGUUUGAAGAGGGACAAAAAUUCAAGGUCUACAGGAAGAUCGACCAGUCGCAUGUCUACGACAAGGUGUGGGACGAGUUGGCCCGAGGAAACUCGAUUGGCAUCUUUCCCGAGGGUUCCUCGCAUGAUCGAGCGGAUCUGCUGCCGCUCAAGGCGGGCGUGACGCUGAUGGCGCUCGGCGCGGCUGCCAAGCACAACGUCGAGGUCCAGAUCGUGCCUUGUGGCCUGACCUACUUUCAUGGACACCGGUUCCGAGGCCACUGCAUCGUGGAGUUCGGUCAGCCGCUCGUGGUGUCUCCUCAGUCGGAGUGGGUGGAGCGCUACAAGGACAAGGACCAGCGCCGCCAAGUGUGCUCCGACCUCCUGGACCAGGUCGAGAAGGGCCUGCGCGGGGUGACGUUGAACGUGCCCACCUACAAGGACCGCCAGGUGGCGCUCACCGUGCGGUCGCUCUACCAGCCGGCAUCUCUGCAGCUGUCCUCCAACAAGUACCAGAUGCUCAACCGGUCGUUUGCCGACAUCCUGUUUCACCACAACAAGGACAACGAACGGGUGCAGUUGUUGGUGAAGAAGGUGAGACGCUACAACAAGCAGCUGCACCGCUACGGGUUCAAGGAUUACCAGGUGGCAGAAGGGUUCGAGAAGGUCAGCAAGCGCCUGUUCCUGCGCAUGAUUCUCAGGCGAGCCCUCUAUCUGGGUCCGCUGGUGGCGCUGGCAUUGCCCGGAGCGCUGCUGAAUUUGCCCGUGGGCUUGCUGGCGCGUUACGUGGCCACCAACAAGGCUCGCACCAUCGCCCCGAACGACCCCAACACUAUGUACGGCGCUCUGGACGUCAUCGCGUCCUAUAAGAUAAUCAUUGCAGGCUUCGGCGCGCCGAUUUCGUAUGUCGUGUACUUCCUCGCCGCGUGGUGGGUCUGGGGGUCGCGUCCCGCGCUGGCAUUCUUGGCAUUCCUGCCCAUUUUCUCGUACGCCAGCAUUCGCGUGCUGGAGAAGGGAAUGGAGCAGCUGCGACUGCUGCAGGCCGUAUUCCAUCUGGCCAGGGCUCGCCGCGAGCUCAAUUCCCUCAAACAGACGCGCGCCGAGCUUCAGACCGAAGUGCGCCGUCUCAUCGAUGAAUUGAGCCCCGAGGAGCGUGGCGAGGAGUUCGCGCGUCACGGCGUUCACCGGGAGAUGAAGCAGAAGUGGAAGGCCGAGGAGGACGAGCGCAGCCAGGACGGCACUGCCCGCAAGCGAGUGCUCUACCGCCGCCGCUCGUACAAGAAGCUCGACGAGUUCUCCGGGAGCGUUGAAGGAAUGCAGGAGGCGCUGGAGAAGGACGAAUUCCUCUGA